GGGGGGGGCUGUGGGAGCCAGCGUCCCGAGUGCCAGGGACACAGCAGGACCAGCCGGACCCCCGGCGGGGCGGCCGGGGAAGGCUGUUGGCACAGCCACAACGUCUAUUCCAGACCCCUCCACACCUGUCCACCACUGUCACCUGAGGCCCAAGGGAAUGCUGGCUGCGCUCUGUGCUCCUGAGUCAGGCUGGAAAGAUUGGCGGGCUCAGCCCUGGCCUGUCGCAGGGCUGUCAGAAGCUGCGGGCUGAUCCCUGUGCCGAUUUCCACACAGCCUCCACCCCCUCAGACCCUGGCUUCCCCGCUGGAGGGAAUAUCAUCAGCGCCUGACAAGGAGCCACUGGCUGGGACACCAGACGUGCUCCCUUAGGACCUGGGGCCCUCAAGGGGCUGAAGUAUGGUGCACUGACACCACUGUUGGACUUGUCUCCCUGCCUCUCCUUGGAUUCCUGUGUUCUGAGCCCAGCCCAGGGGCCACUAUGGGUCGGGAGCAGGACCUGAUCCUUGCUGUCAAGAAUGGGGAUGUAACCUGUGUCCAGAAAUUGGUGGCCAAGGUCAAAGCUGCAAAGACAAAGCUCCUUGGCUCCACGAAGAGGCUCAAUGUCAACUACCAGGAUGCCGAUGGAUUCUCUGCUCUCCAUCAUGCUGCCUUGGGGGGCAGUUUGGAGCUCAUAGCCUUGCUUCUGGAGGCUCAGGCCACCGUAGACAUCAAGGACAGCAAUGGAAUGCGUCCACUGCACUACGCGGCCUGGCAGGGCCGGCUAGAGCCUGUGAGGCUGCUGCUCCGGGCCUCUGCGGCUGUCAACGCGGCCUCGCUGGAUGGUCAGAUCCCUCUGCACCUAGCUGCACAGUACGGACACUAUGAGGUGUCAGAGAUGCUCCUCCAACAUCAGUCCAACCCAUGCCUGGUCAACAAAGCUAAGAAGACACCCCUGGAUCUGGCCUGUGAAUUUGGUCGGCUCAAGGUGGCCCAGCUUCUGCUCAACAGCCACUUAUGUGUGGCGCUGCUGGAAGGUGAGGCCAAGGAUCCGUGUGACCCCAAUUACACCACACCCCUGCACUUGGCUGCCAAGAACGGCCAUCGAGAAGUCAUCAGACAGCUCCUGAGAGCUGGAAUUGAGAUCAACCGCCAGACCAAGACCGGCACGGCGCUCCACGAAGCUGCACUGUACGGCAAGACCGAGGUGGUGCGGCUUCUCCUGGAGGGAGGCGUGGACGUAAACAUCCGCAACACCUACAACCAGACGGCACUGGACAUCGUCAACCAGUUCACCACCUCCCAGGCCAGCAGGGAGAUCAAGCAGCUGCUGAGGGAGGCCUCAGGGAUCCUGAAGGUCCGAGCACUCAAGGAUUUCUGGAACCUCCAUGAUCCCACUGCUCUCAAUGUCCGAGCUGGAGAUGUCAUCACGGUGCUUGAGCAGCACGCAGAUGGCCGCUGGAAGGGCCACAUCCAUGAGAGCCAAAGAGGCACAGACCGUGUGGGCUACUUCCCUCCUGGCAUUGUCGAGGUGGUCAGCAAGCGAGUGGGCAUCCCUGUGCCCCGUGUCCCCUCCGCACCCACUACCCUGCGCCCAGGCUUCUCCCGAACACCGCAGCCUCCUGCUGAUGACGCCCUGCAUCCUCUGGCCUAUGGCCAGCUCCCUCGGGUGGGCCUCAGCCCGGACAGUCCAGCAGGUGACAGGAAUAGCGUAGGCAGCGAGGGCAGCGUGGGCAGCAUCCGCAGUGCUGGCAGUGGUCAGAGUUCCGAGGGCACCAACGGCCACAGCACGGGCCUCCUUAUCGAGAACGCUCAGCCUCUGCCCUCUGCCGGUGAGGACCAGGUGCUGCCGGGACUGCAUGCCCCGCCCCUGGCAGACACCCUGAGCCACCACCCUCUGAUUAGCCACCGCUCAGGUGAGAUCUUCACCCAGGAUGUGAGGCCAGAGCAGCUGCUAGAGGGGAAGGAUGCACAGGCUAUUCAUAACUGGCUGAGUGAGUUCCAGCUGGAGGGCUACACUGCCCACUUUCUGCAGGCUGGCUAUGACGUGCCAACCAUUAGCCGCAUGACCCCUGAGGAUCUGACAGCCAUCGGAGUGACCAAGCCGGGCCACCGGAAGAAGAUCGCCGCAGAGAUCGCCCAGCUCAGUAUUUCCGAGUGGCUGCCCAACUACAUCCCGACGGAUCUGCUGGAGUGGCUGAGUGCACUGGGGCUGCCGCAGUACCACAAGCAGCUGGUGAGCAGUGGCUAUGACUCCAUGGGGCUAGUGGCCGAUCUCACCUGGGAAGAGCUGCAGGAAAUCGGCGUCAACAAGUUGGGGCACCAGAAGAAACUCAUGCUGGGUGUGAGGCGGCUGGCGGAGCUCCGGCGGGGCCUGCUGCAGGGAGAGGCCCUGGGCGAAGGCGGGCGCCGGCUGGCCCGAGGAUCAGAGCUGAUGACCAUCGACGGGCUAGAGAAUGGGGAAGGCCCAGCCAUGGCCGGCCCACGCCUUCUCACCUUCCAGGGCAGUGAGCUGAGCCCGGAGCUACAGGCAGCCAUGGCAGGGGGCGGCCCUGAGCCGCUCCCCCUGCCCCCGGCUCGAUCCCCCAGUCAGGAGAGCAUUGGAGCACGCUCCCGGGGCUCUGGUCACUCACAGGAACAGUCUGCGCCCCAGCCGAGUGCUGGUGGAGACCCCGGCACCCUACAAGAAAGGAACCUUCCAGAGGGCACAGAGAGGCCCUCUAAGCUCUGCUUCCCACCUCCUGGCCAAGGACCUGCCCCGUAUGUUUUUAUGUACCCCCAGGUCUCACCCUCCAGCCCAGCCCCAGGGCCACCGCCUGGUGCACCCCGGGCCUUCUCCUACCUGGCGGGGCCCCUGGCCACCCCUCCAGACCCCCCUCGCCCCAAGCGCCGGUCCCACAGCCUGAGCCGCCCUGGCCCUGCGGAGGGGGAAGCCGAGGGGGAGGCCGAGGAGCCAGUGGGCAGUGCCUUGGGCAGUUACGCCACCCUCACCCGAAGGCCAGGACGCAGCACCCUUGCCCGGACUAGUCCUAGCCCAGCCCCGGCUCGGGGGACCCCACGCAGCCAGUCCUUUGCCCUCCGAGCCCGUCGCAAAGGCCCCCCGCCGCCACCCCCGAAACGCCUCAGCUCAGUUUCUGGCUCCACGGAACCCCCACCACUAGAUGGGAGCCCUGGGCCCAAGGACGGCGCCACAGGGCCCCGACGGAGAACACUGAGUGAGCCGAGCGGCCCCUCGGAGCCCCCGAGUCUGCCCAGCCCCGCCGGACCCGUGUCUGACACGGAAGAGGAGCCCAGCCCCGAGGGGACGCCUCCGUCUCGGGGGAGCUCGGGAGAAGGGCUGCCGUUCGCAGAGGAGGGAAACCUGACCAUCAAGCAGCGGCCAAAGCCAGCUGGCCCCCCACCCCGAGAGACGCCUGUGCCCCCCGGCCUCCACUUCAACCUUACAGAGUCAGACACUGUCAAGCGGAGGCCCAAGUGCAGGGAGAGAGAGCCGCUGCAGACGGCCCUGUUGGCUUUUGGGGUGGCAGGUGCUACCCCUAGCCCCUCUGCCCCCCCACCUUCCCAGGCCCCCAGCGAGUCCUCCCUCUCCGAGUCCUCCAGUCCUCCCCAGCCAGAGCCCAGCAGCCUCGCCACUCAAGGAGCUCCGGUGCCUCCUCUCAGCCCUGGGACCCAGACCCCCACGGCCCCAGUGGCCUCCAGUGCUGGCCCCAGUCUGGAAAGCUCGGCCAACCACCGGCCACCUGCAGAGCCGGAGCACACAGCUGCCCCCACCGCCCUGCUCAAGGUGCCCGGAGCAGGAACAGCUCCCAAGGCUGUGUCGGUGGCCUGCACCCAGCUGGCAUUUUCUGGCCCCAAGCUGGCUCCCCGGCCUGGCCCCCGCCCAGUGCCCCCCCCAAGGCCUGAGAGCACAGGAGGGGCUGUGGGUCCAGGCCGGGCCCAGCAGAGACUGGAACAGACCAGUUCAUCCCUGGCAGCUGCACUAAGGGCAGCCGAGAAGAGCAUUGGUGCUGAGGAGCGAGAAGGCCCCCCUGGGACCUCUACCAAGCACAUUCUGGAUGACAUCAGCACCAUGUUCGACGCCCUGGCGGACCAGCUGGAUGCCAUGCUGGACUGAACGAGACUGGCCUGUGUCCCCCAGCAGUGUUCACUGUGGCUUCCAGUGUCCACUGCCUUUGGCCCAGCAUGGAAGAAGUCCCCAGCACCCUG